UGAGAUAAUUGGACAUUUAGGGAAGAGCAACUUUCGCAAAUUUUUCAUCUUUUUCGAUAAGCCCAAAAAAAAAAAAAAAAAAAAAAAAAAAAAAAAAAAAGAAAAGCAGAGAGAGAGAGAAUCCUCACUCUUCCUUUUGUUUCAAAGGGGGAUUCACAAUGUUUUCGAGAUGGAACAGAGCUUUUCCUAGUUUGUCAAGGCUUGGGUCGAUGAAUAAGUUGGAUUUUAAUAAUGAUUUCUAUGUUAUCUCACGCCUAAGAUAUGCAAAGGCUGCUGCAGCUGUGGCUCCUACUAUAGCUGAUACUAUGGAAAAGGGUAUCACAAACGAACCAGUGUGUACCACUACUCGACAGAUUAAUCUGGAUAAAAUGUUUUGGUCUAAGCCCAGCUCAUUGGCUUUGGCACCAGAUUCCCCACUGAGAAUUGAAGAGCCAAAACGUGAGGGCAUUAAGGGUUUUAUCCUCACAAUGUUGCUGUUUUAUAGUAAACAAAGCAAGUCUAUUAGAGGGGCAAAUGUUGUAUACAAGCGAAUCCUUUCACAAGUUGAUAAACCUAUCAUUUAUUCAGCAUUCAACUUGGAGAAAACCUUUAAAACUACAUUUUCUUUACUUGUGCUUCAUACAUGGCUAUGCUUACGGCGCUUAAAAGAAGAGGGGAAAGAAGGUGUUGAAUUGGGGCAGUAUUUGUAUGAGAUUUACAAUCAUGAUGUGGAACUAAGAGUAUCUAAGGCUGGGGUUAAUUUACUAUUGACUAAAUGGAUGAAGGACUUGGAGAAGAUAUUCUAUGGGAAUAUUGUUGCUUAUGAUGCUGCCAUUCUUCCGGAGGCUGCAAAGGAUGAAUUGCAAAAUGUCAUAUGGAGGAAUAUCUUCUCUGACGAAGGUUCAUCAAAGCCAAAUGACGCAGCUUCACGAGCAGUCCAGGCAAUGUCAAGGUACGUUCGUCGUGAAGUUAGUUGCCUGUCCUUAACUGACAAAGAGGCUAUGUUUUCCGGCAACUUCAUGUUUACAUCAUUGAAGAGUGAGGUAAAACCAGCAGGACAUCGAUGAGUAUUUGUUGGGUCAUGUUCAAGGUUCAUUAUUGAAAAAGCUAAACUGAAAAACCAUUGUCAAUCUUAAGAAACAAACAUUGUAAAGCCCUUGUUAUUGCCAAAAGGGAUUGUGCUGUUAUCUUUUUAGUUAUUUAUCACCAGGUUGUCAGUGUUGACUGACAACCAUGUAAUGAUGAAAAAUCAUUGUUUUAUGGUUUACAUGUGAAUUGAAAUGCAAAUUUUAUUUUUUUA